UUUCGUUGGUUCUGAAAUCUCCGCUCUCUGAUUCUCACAGAAUUAUCUCCGAGUCGCAAAAAGGAACGUCGGUUUUCUAUUUCUCCAGGCUCUGAUUAAAUCUCAUCUGAAGAAUUACUCGAAAGCAUUUGAUAUGGCAGGUGGUGUACGUGUCCAGCUCAAUAGAUGGCAGCAAGCAGCAGUUGCACUUGGUUCGGCAGUAGGUGCCUUGCUAGAUCCACGGCGAGCAGACUUAAUAGCAGCUCUUGGGGAAACAACUGGAAAGCCUGCUUUUGAAAGGGUCCUUGAAAGGAUGAAAAAGAGUGCCGAAGGCAGAGCAGUAUUGUUGGAGCGACCACGUGUCUUAUCAUCAGAAGUUGGACACGCAUGGGACCUUCCAUCCAACACAUUUGGUGCUGCAUAUGCUAAUUUUAUGGGUUCCAGGAACUUUUCUCCUGAUGACCGGCCUCCUGUUCGAUUCAUGGACACCGACGAACUGGAGUAUGUUGCCAUGCGAGCUCGUGAGGUUCAUGACUUCUGGCACACCCUUUUUGGUCUUCCCACUAACUUGAUUGGCGAAUCGGCAUUGAAGGUUAUUGAAUUUGGACAAAUGCAGCUUCCAAUGUGCAUGCUGUCUGUUUUGGGAGGCACAGCAAGAUUCAAUGACAAACAGAGAAAAUUGUUCUUCCAGCACUACUUUCCUUGGGCCAUGCGUGCUGGCAUGCAGUGCACAGAUCUCAUGUGUGUAUAUUAUGAGCGACACUUCCACGAGGAUUUGGACGAAGUGCGAGCUAAAUGGGGCAUAGUUCCUGCACCUCCAUCUCCUAAAGCGAACGUUGCUUCAACAGUAAGAUGAUGGUGUUAAAUUAACCAGAACCCGCUUCCUGUUUACUUGCAAGUUGCUACUUUACAUAACUAUGUUUCUGGUGCUAAAGUUCGCAUUGUAACCACUUGCGUUUCUCAGCUGUUUUUGGGUCUUGAAUCUCAACUUACAACAGGUUUGAUUGAUAAUUCAUAUCAAAGUCUGGUGAUUAAGCCCAACAAGCUCACGUUGGUGUCUUUGUUGUUCAUGGAUGUCAUCAGAAUGUUCUCCAGUUAAGGUAUGUAACAACCAUUAUUGACUUUGAGAUGACCCAGCGUUCUAUAUUAUUCAUUUAGCAAAUCUAUUUUUUA